AUGGACACCGGCCUGACGCAGAUCGACGAAAAGGACAUCGAGAAGCACCGCGCCACAGCGCAGUCGCUGGUCACGCGGUUCGUCGUCAUGGAACGCACCGACGGGCGCUCGUCCACGCAACUGGCCGGGACCGGCCGGCGGUUCGUCUCGACGGUUUCGACCGGCGGUACGCGGCGUACCCGCGAGGUGGAACUGGCCAGGCAGAUCGGCGCGAUCCGCGCCGACGACCAGAUGCUCUCGCCGGCGCAGCAUGGUCUUUUGUAUCGCGCGCGGCGCGGCGCGGCGAUCGCGCUGGCCGUCUCGGACAUGUUCGCCCGGCAGACCGAUCUCGAGAGCCUGAAGGCACGCAAUGCCACCGCGCCUUUGGAAGGCGAUGACGCCAACCGUUUUCGGGGGCUCCUUGGCGCAUCGGCCUAUGUGUCGGCCUUCGCGUUUGCCGCCUAUCUGCUCGCCAUGCUCGAAACCGACACCGAGCCGGGCGAAGACCUGUCCGAGCCGGACUAUGAUUUCGACACGCCGCAGGACGCGGUCAAAUCCGUGCUGGCCGGACUGGCCGCCGCGAUCGAGGGCGCGCCCGACGAUGUCGCGAUGGGCCAGCGGGCCAAGGCGUUUGCGCGCGUCACCGUCGAAGGGCUGUUGCAGCGCAAGGGCCGGUUCGAGGCGCUCGGCGCCUUCGAGGACAGCCAUGUGCGCAUCGAAAAGGACGAUUUCACGCUCGACGGGUUCGACGUGGCGCCCGGCGCUCGCCGCAAGCCGCUGACUAUGACCUUCAAGAAGCCCGAGGAGAUCAUCGGCAACCACAUCGCCAAAUACCAGGCGAUGAAGCUGGCCAAGAUGCUGGUGUGCCACGAUUUCCAGCGCGGGCUGAACCCGUUCGUCGAACUGGGCGGGUUCCUGUUCACCUUCAUCGGCGACGGUGCGCCGGGGACGGGCAAGACGAUCAUGAUCCAGAUGAUCGCCGGGCUGGUCAACGAUUACUGCCAGGUCGCCGGCUAUCCGUUCCAUUACGAGAAUUUCGGCGUCGACCAGAUUUCGUCCUAUCAGGGCAAGUCGGGUCAGAACUGCAAGCAGUUCGUCUCCAACGUGCUCGAUCCCAAGGCGAUCGGCUUCGGCACCAUCGACGAUAUCGACCAGGUGGCGGCGCGCCGCUCCGACGAUCGUGCGUCCGCCGGCCAGCAGGAGGUGACGGCGGUCCUGAUGGAGAGCUUUGCCGGCGCGAUGACGGUGGUGCGCGGCAAUUGCUCGUUCGGCAUGUUUUCCAACUACCCCGAGAACGUCGAUGAUGCGCUGCGCCAGCGGGCCGGUGCGCGCUGGCUGGUCGACGGGCCGCAGACGCGCAACGACUAUAUCGACAUCUUCCACCUGCUCGCCGGAAAGAACCAUGCCAUUCCGCUGGGCGACCACGAGCUUUACGCCGACCAGCAGAUCCGCGACGCGGUGCGGGCGGCCUAUGAGGGCCACGACCGGCCGGCCGAGGACGGGCUGAUGACCAUCUACGACCGGUUCAUCGAGACCCAUGGCGCGCCCAAGACCAUCGCCGACAUCGGCACCUAUCUGCACAUGAUCAAGGAGGCCGAGCCGCGCUUCACCGGCCGGGCGAUCAAGAACGUCACCGAUGCGAUCAAGAUGCGUGCGAUGGACAUCGAACUGCCCGACGCAUGGUUCGAAACGCCCGAGACCUUCCUGCACAAGUCCUAUGACGAGAAGCUGGCGAUGAUUUCCGAACUGCGCGAGCCGUUCACCAUCGGCAUGGUGAUGCAGGAGAUCAACCGCUACGCCGAUUCCGAGUUCCGCUAUUCGGACAAGGCCGACGAUGCGGCGGUCGCCGAGAUCAUCCGCCGCCAGCGCCAGACCGAACGCGCCGCCCGCGAGAUCACCAAGCGGAAGGAGAAGGGGAUUUGGGAGGGGUGA